UUGUACCGUAGCCGUCACUUCUGUCGUCCUGUCGACCGUUUAAAAUUUUGACAUUGGUUUGCCGGCUUAUUUGUUAAAUUUUUCAUUUUUUAAUUCGCCAAAGAAAUUUUGUCGUCUUUUUCCCAAUACAAAAAAAUGUUUACAUUCGAAAUAGCAUCGAAAAAAUCCCACUACAACAUAAAAUACGGCUACGCUGAUUGUUGCUUUGGCAAAUGUUUCGUUGCAUUCUCCAACGAUGCCAUUUGUCAUCUCCAUUUCGUUGACAAAGAAAGCAAAACCCAUAUCCAGGAUUUAAUCAAGAGAUUUCCCGAAGCCAAUUUGCAAGAGGACACAGCUCAAGAAUCCACCGAAGUCGUGGAUAAUAUCUUUACGGACACAAAUGUAUCAAAAAAUUUUCGUCUGAUCCUGCAAGGCACCGAUUUCCAGGCCCAAGUGUGGCAGCAACUCUGUGAUAUCCCGAAGGGACAAACUUGGAGCUAUGAGGACGUUGCUGUGGCUAUGAACAAACCGAAAGCAAUCAGACCAGUGGCCAAUGCAGUGGCGAGUAAUGAGAUUGCUUUUCUGAUUCCUUGUCAUCGAGUGAUAGCAAAGUCGGGAAAGAGCAAGUAUCGUUGGGGAUCGGACAGGAAGAUUAGUAUUUUGGAGAGGGAGGGUGUUCAUUUGGGUUAAAGUGAUCUCUUUGUUUUUGUUUAUGUCUGUUUUGUAAUAAAAAUGUAAUUUUAAUGUAGGAAUCAA